AUGGCCAAAACUAAGACAACAGCAAGGAAGGAAUAUCGGCGGUGUCCAAUGUGUUCGGAACCUGCAAAAACAGAGGAACAAUUCAAGAAGCACAUUCUGGUGUGUGCCAUGCGAAUGUUUGAGUGCCCAAUCUGUGGUUUUACCAGCACAAGGGAAAUUAAUCUUAAGAGACAUGUCAAAAGAUGCCAUCUUGGUCUAAAGCCUGAUGAUGAACUCAUUAAGCUGGGCACAAAAGACAAAAGUGAGGGGAAAGCAGGUGGUUCACUGCAUGAAGAAAAGAAAGAUGAGGAAAGCGGAAAUGAAGAUUGGAUGGACCAGGACCCUGGUGAUGUUAUAGGUGAGGUGUCCUCUACAGACUCGUCAAGUAGUAGUUCAAGUGAUGAGAAUGAGGAACCUGAUAUUGAUGAGAAAAAGGAGAAACAGAAUCCAGAGAAGAAGGAGGACAAUCUGUUAGAAGGAAGACUCUUCCGGAAGAAGACCCAACCGUCUUUACCAUUUACAAGAAAGAGAUUAAGUGUAGAGGAGAUCCCUGUUCCAGAGAAGAUUGCUCUUGUGGACAGAUCCACCCAAGUUGAUAUGGGGCCAGCAAUUCCAUCUGUGGAAUGCAGUAGAGUCGACGCUGGCACACAGACCUCCCCAAAGAAAAGGGUAGUUGUGACAACAACGGUCAGAAAGUGUAGAGAAGGUGAUGCCGAUGUAAAGGUCAUCAGGAAGGAGAAGAUCAUUUUUAAAUGA